CAAGUAUACACUCGAACCAACUACAAAGAGAGAGGCAGAGAGAGGGACCACGAAAGACUCAAAGCGACCGAAAUGAAACGCCAAACAGCGACCAGGAGACGCAAAUCAACUGAAAGGUCCAAAAACAGCUAAAUGGCAGCUAAAUGGCAUAAAAUGAUGUAAAACGAUUACCAAGAAAUGGACAGUCACGUGAUACAAAAUGACCAGAAAUACAUACAAAACGGCCACAAACAGACACUAGAAAAUACAGAUGACAACCUCGUUUCAAAAGUUCCUAAACCUGGCCCUGGCGUCCUCCCUCCCUGUUGCUUGGGCGUUCAUGUGUAUGUGAGAGAUGAGAAGAGGUAUGCUGUGCUGUUCCAGUCAGUGGUUCUGCCAUGUCAGUACACCAGUGUGUCCACCCAGACCCCCGUGGUACAGUGGGUGUACAAGUCGUACUGCCGCGACCGCACGCGGGAUUCCUUCAGCUUUCCUGACAACCUGGGUGGAGGCCUGGGAGGAGGUGGGCUGUCGGGUGGAACCGGAGGAGCCAGCAGAGGGUAUGAGACGGGGAUGACAGCUAGCUACCUCGACUGCUCUGACAACAGCCGAACGGUCCGAACUGUGGCUUCCAUCUCGGGCUCCUCAAUCACACUGUCAGAGUACUACAAGAACAGAGACAUCUCCAUUAUCAACAAGGCAGACCUGCGAAUAGGAGAGGUCCAGUGGGGAGACAGUGGAGUUUACAUCUGCAAAGUGGUCAUAUCUGAUGAUCUAGAGGGACAGAACGAAGCCUCUGUGGAGCUGCUGGUUCUGGGUUUCUCAGGUGUUCCUGAAGAUCUUCUGCCAGACUUUGAUUUGAAGAUUAUGCCAGAAUGGGUGUUUGUGUCGGCGGUGGCGCUGGGCAGUGUGUUGUUCCUGCUGUUGGUUGGGGUUUGUUGGUGUCAGUGCUGUCCUCACUCCUGCUGCUGCUACGUCAGCUGCUGGUGUUGCCCCGACACAUGCUGCUGCCCCAGACACCUGUACGAGGCAGGUAAGGGUAUAAAGACAGGCACCUCCACCCCUCAGACACCUGCCUACCCUCCAUACUUUGUCUCUGGUGUCCCGACCAUGGUCCCUAUCGCUCCCCCCUCCCUAGUGGACAAGAUGUCUUCUAUCCCCGCCUCAGAUGGCAGCCUACUCACAGCAGUGCCGAUGCAUGCUGUAGGGGUUCCCUACCGCGUGCCCACACCUCAGGAUCAGGACUCUCUCAGGGUGCUACAAUAUGUAGAGAAACAACUGGCUCACUUCAACCCUGCCAGGUCCAUCAGCCACCAGUCCUGUAGUCUGUCUGAGCUGAGCUCACUUCAUGAGGGAGAAACCGGCUUCCGCCAAACAUACCGAAACAUCCAGAAGAAAGCUCUGCCCACCAUCCCAGACCACGACCCUCAGCCUGAAUCCCAGCGCCACCGUGACAACCACAGCCCGGAGCCACAGCGUUACCGCGACAACCCAGCUUCACCCCAGCAUUAUCGUGACAACCCCAACUCAGAGCCCCGGCGGUGCCAGGACGAGCCUCUUCCUCCGCGACGGUACAGCGACGACCCUCCGUCCUCCUCACAGUCACGCAGGCUUGGCCGUAAUCAACAGCAGCAGAACCACAACGAGGAGGACAGCCACAACAGGUGGAACCCACGUUCAGAACAUCUGCAGAGAAAGACAUACCGUACUGCAGGACGCACCGGCUCACUGGAGGAGCUAGAGGAGUUUGCUGCUUCUUACAAGCAAAGAGGAGGCAGAGGGGCAGAGAGGAGGGAAGAAGAACGGGGAGACUAUGAGAUGGAGUUUCUGGAGUUCAGUCGAUAUCCCUCCUACCGCGAUGCUCCACCUCAGCAUUACCAUAGUGAUGACAAUGAGCUCGAAGACAGCAGCAGGGACCGUGAAGAUCACCCUAGACGGAACAAGAAAAAUGCACACAAUAUAAGCCCACUACCUUCACCCAAAAAGAGGAGAGGCACUUGGGAUAGUGAGCGUCCUGUUCCACCUCCUCCCAGAGUCAGUCCGCCAUCAACGUCCUCUCAAGAGAAGGACUACGAUAGCACGUUCCUGAACAGCCUGCUGGAGCGAAAAGCUAAGUUGCGUGGGGUUGGCCAGGGGAAGAGUGGAGCCCGGGGUGAGGGAGAUUCAGACACACCCUCAAAGGGCAGUUCAAAAAAGAGCAGUGGGGAAUCUAGUCGGCACUGCAGCCGCUCACCUAGUAACAGGCCCGAGGCAGAUUCACUGCCCCCUUACUCAGACACAGAGCGAAGCAGAACUGACAGGCCAUCUCCACGGCCACUCCCCACAAACACACGCUCCUCUCAGCCUCCUGCCCAUUCCCUCCCUGGUCGUAGAGAAGAACCCAGAGACAAAUCCCGGAAAGUGAGCACUCUUCUCAGCCGAGAUUCCCUCAUCGUCUGAUUGACUGAAAGCCACAGAGACUGAAAUCUUCGAGCAGACAGGGCAUAUGUCCGUGAAAUUCUACAGGAAGUGCACAUGAGCUGAUACAAGAUGAUGGAAUUGACUUUGAGCGUGGAAAGCUGAAUCAGUGGAAGAAAUGAACAACAGAUACGCUUUUAUUAUUGAGACUGUUACUGGGGCUUUCUGUCUGUGACGUCACUGAGUGAUGAAGUCACCGCUCAGUUUCUGUCACCAGCUGCCUCAUAUAUAUCUCAGCUGGACUAAUGUUGAACUAAUGCGGGCUUGGUGUAUGACCUGGGCUGUCUCUCAGAGCAGGACACUGUUGGUCUCCCCUCGUCCCUUUAUAAAAGGCUCUGAAGCAGAGAGACUUACUUUACGCUUCUGGCACAAUGAGUCCAUUCAUUUCCAUUUGAUGGGAUAUCUUCAUUUAUAAAGCUCAGUUGUAGAAUAGAAGGUAUAUGACAACACCAUUAUUGUAAAGGACAUACUGUAGCUUCAGUUGUAUGACAAUACACACACUGUGUUGUUCAGUAACAUAUUCAGGGACUAAAGUGCCUAAUUCAGAAGGUUUUCACAAGGACACUGCAAUGUUAACUAAAGCUGGAGGUAGUAACCAACAUUACCAAAUGUUGAUUUAAUAUGUAUCUACAGGGAGGAGGGACAUAAUAAUGUGAACACCUCAUGGAAAAGGACAGUAACGCUUUAAAAUCACAUUAAACCUACAAUAUGCAAGCUCUGGAAAUCAAGCUAGCACUAGCGUGAGGCUGGAGAGCACACACUAUUCCACUCAGCGUCUUUCUGCUCUGUUAAGAUAAUUUUUAAUAUUUUUUUGAAUGGAUCAGAUGACUAUAUGUAAUGUGAAAGAUGUGACUGGUGGUGACAAAUAAUCGUCUGACUCCCUUCAGUUCCAUAGAGCAUUGUAGAAUCUUACAGCUCGUUAUUUUGUUUUCACCGCCCACAAAUUUGCUGUUUUGGCUCACAACUCUCAUCAGUGUUGUUUCCUGCUGCAGCAGGCAGAUGUUUUCAGCAAAAGUGCUCUAAUAAACUGGCUACACUCUACCCUCUCACCACCAAAGGGCGGACAGACACAGUUAGAGGCUAGCUGAACUAGCAUUUAAUAGUUCAAAGAGGCUCAUAUUUCACUCAAAAGUUGCAGGGAGACUAAAACAGAGUUAAAAGGGCAAAUAUUGGACUUAAUCCAUCAGGUGGACAGAAACACAACUCCAUAGUAGUUUCAGUGUUGAUCUGUGCCAGCUGAAUAUAAAUUUGUUUGCCGUAACAAAUGUAUACGGUGAUAAUAUGUCAGUUGUGUUUACAGCUUGUUCUGCUGCCUCAUUAUAUCAAGAACUCAAUUAAUACUGCUUUAAGUAAGGUUUAAAACCAUGAGACAGCAUUUAUCAGCUAAAAAAGAAAACUUUUUGAUUUUUAUCAGUUUACAUUUAAAAAUUUUAAAAGUAACGUAAGACGGAAAACAAAGCUAUGCAGAGGCCAAAUAAUCAGUGCCCAAAUUGCAGGAGUGCCAGACAGAAAGUGGUGAAUUUAUCUUAAUGGGAGUUAUUUUGACAGUAUAUGUGCCAACAGCAAUCUGCACUGACAAAGUACUAAACUAAUGAGGGUAUCAACUAAUCCUGCUAACAGCUCACUGACCUGAUAUCAUCCAUAUUUGCAGUGGGGGGUUUGUUACUUCUAAAUUCAGGUUCUUCUUCAUGAAGCAGUGACAUUAUUUUGUCUCUGCCUCCGUAUGUCAGUGGAGCUUUUCAUCUUCUAUAAAACACAUAGAGUUUAUACAAAGUAACUGUUUCCUCUGAGGGACUAAAACCUGAAAUGUUGUAUUUCUUUAAUAAACUUUUAAGGUAUUGAACAGCCACUUGCCAAGAACAUGUUUGUACUAAAGUAUGAAAACAUUUUUAUAUGUAAACUCAAACUAUUUAUGUGUGAGGUGUGAUAUGACCGUUGUAAUUUGUACAUGAUAUUGUUUGUCUAAGUGCUCCAGUGUGACUGUGUACAUAAGUUGAAAUGUCUUUGAUUUGAUCACUGUAAUUCUGCCUUUUUUUAUCACUGCUGAGUCAACAGCUAAACCAGCACCUUCAUGUGUUAUCUAACAGUCUCACGCACACAUGCACAAGACACACAUUAACAUACUGGUUUUGGACAUCUGUCAGUUGUGUUACUUCUGUUCUAACAUUACACCGUACAGUAUUUCAUUACUCCUGCUUCCAUGGUGGGUUGGCUUGAGGAAGGUCUUUGGUUAGUGUUUAAUUUUCUUCUAUUGUUUGGUACUGACAACUGUAUGUGUGUGUGUGUGUGUGUGUGUGUGUGAGUGUGAGGGAGAGAGAGAAAGAGAGAGAGAUGAGUCUUUACUUUUCUGUAAAGGAGACAAUGUGUAAUUGAGUAUGACUCAUGUCUUUGUUCAUUGUUGUAACCACAGACUGCCUGUCUUCACAGCACAGCUGUGUCAAAACUCACAUAUCAGUCCUGCCAGCUCAACCACAGAAAUCUGCACUGUUUUGUCAUCCACAUAAAGAAUCUGUUGCAACA